ACAGGCGAAUAUCUUCAUGCAUCAUUACGGUGUGAAAGAGCAAGGCAACGUGGACCCCGCUCAGGACCCCCAUGGAGAGCUGCAGGGUCAAAAUGUGCUGAUUGUGCGUUACUCCGUGGAGCUCACCGCUGCUCACUUUGGCAUCAGCGUGGACAGACUGUCUGAGCUGCUGUCCGAUGCCAGAGCCAAGCUGGCCGAGGUACGGAGAGCACGCCCACCUCCUCACCUGGACACCAAAAUGCUAGCUUCCUGGAAUGGUAAGUUUCCCACAUCCCGAUUGGAAGAAAGUAAAUGUGUCAGCCAGUAAUAUACUGCUGGAAAU